GAAGAAGACGCCGAAGAACAAGCAAGCAGCUACAGCUCGCCCAUCGGCAACCCGAGUGAAGAAGAGAGACAUGGAGGACACGUGGAUCCUUGAGAUUCUUCUCAUCGUCAUCAGGACUUACGCCGAACGCGUGGCCCUUCGACAAGCAUAUCGGCUUUUGCGGGGCCUGGGCUUCGAGCCCUAUGGAAUCCGACCUGGAUCCGCAGCAGCUCGGUUCCACCGGCGCUGGCCGGAACGAGUCGUUCGGGGCAGCAUCUUCGCGACGAUGACGCGAUGGGGCCGAACCGGCAUACCAUACUGGACGAAAAUGGCAAUAAUUGUCAUGGCCUCGGAAAUGGCUGAGAUGUUAUUCAAGAUUGCCGUGAUCAACCUGGAUGCCGCUGUUGACCGCUGACCAUGUUCGAUAACAUUACACAAUCAGUAUGUUUUCUUUCAAACCUAAUAACUUAUAGUCGUUUCGUAUCUGUAAUAAAGCUGUAAAUUGGAAGAACAUUA